ACGGACAAUCCGCAGUUCCCACUUUUUUUACCUUACGUACAUGUACACAUCUUGUAUGUACGGUACAAAAAGUUUUUAACGGCUGGGUCCAUACACCUAUACGGAAAAGCCUCGGUGUCUCAUCUGUCUGGGAUUUUUUGUUUAUUUACACUGCCAGUGAAGCGUCCGAUCGGGCCUUUCCGCGUCGCGCGAACUCGCCGAUUCUGGCGUCAAAACACACGGCACGCCGAAUUUUUCUGAAGAAUCUACGAACCAAGUACACUCCACUACUGCCAGUUUUUUGUCGACUGAAACGAUGAUUUUCGUUUUUGGCCCGGCGAGUAGAUAUUAAAAUUCACUUGAAGGCGGACUUGUAUAUAGUUAUACACACUUAUAUAUAGUUCACGAGUCGAAGGUAGAAACAGACAAGAACAAACAUGGCUAAAGUACCUAAGCAGAAGCGAAUAAAACGGGCCACUGUCCUCAUAAAGAGGAGUCGGUGUGUCAGGAACACGAAAGCCAAGUCCCAUUCGCCAUUGUACCAAAAACUCAAAGUCAAUAAUCACUCGUUAGCUAGGGCUCUGUCACAGGAGAAGCAAGAAAAUCAAUUAUUAUUUUCCAGGAAUGUUGAGUUAAUAGCUGAAGUGCAAGACUUAGUUCACGCUUGUAAUAAUCGUGACCGCGUGAUAUCAAACAUAUUAAAAAAUGCCAAGGACAUGAUGCAAAUGCUGGUGACAAUGUCUGGUUUUUUAACAAACACAAUUUCUUCGUGCCAAGAAUAUGUUUCUAAUCAAGUAAACACUCAUCGAGCUUCUACAAGUAGCGCAGGAAAAAGAGACUCAACUAAAAGACUGUCAACAAAAUCUCCUGCAAGAGGAGUAGUAAAACCAAUGGUCAGCGGUUACACAAUUACUAAGCCGACGAUAAACUUAAGUAGAGUUAACAUGCAACGAGUGCAAAAUCAAAAUUUAAGUAUAAUUCAAGAAGGACCAGCAACUCCUGAAAGAAAUAUAGAAAGAUCAUCUGAAAACAGACGUUCGAGAACUCGAGCCACACUGCCGGAAAGAAUUCCUGUAUCUGCAAUCAGAGACGAAGGUUCAGACGACGAAGAGCGUAUAAUGAUAAACAGAAGAACGAGUAGAUUUUCUCAAGGAAGACUGUCCUCAGGGCGCUAUUCAAAACGCAAUUCUGGUCGACUCUCUGGAGGAGGAGGCAUAGCUGGCAGAUUAUCAAAGCGUAGCUCCGACCAUUCUGAAUUGAUUAAGAGUCCGCGUGUCACUCUACAAGACGUUUCACGAUAUCUGACUGACAACCAAACCGUCAAUGUACGAUUGCUGUCAGAAACCACAAACGGCAAUCAAACGAACAACGAAACGAGUAUAGAGGACACGCAGAUAAGCGAGGCCAUGUUCAGCCCUGAAUAUCCAGCCGAACCAACCAUCAUUCCUGAAACUCAAGCAUCCCAGGAAACUACAACAAACUCUUCGGACUCGGACGAAUCGGAAAACGAUACGGUUCGCUCGCGUAGACAAAACUCAAUCGUGAACAACAGUACAAAACUCGACAAGAGGACCUCUAGUAAAAAGAAGUCCUCGUCGUCGAGGAUGUUGGAGUCACAGAUGGUCGAUGCGUUGGAAGGCACGAGUUGGAUGUACGACUCCGAAGCAAUGGAGACUGACGAAGCGCCUCACAAUAACGGCGCCUCGGCCAAUGAUGUUGAGAACGAGCACGGGGACCAGAGGAGUGAGGAGGAAGAGCGAGAGCAACAAAGCUCACCGGUGUCGUCGCUCAGCGCGGAACAGCGUCGCAGGAGUUCUAGCUACUUUCGUGCGCCAGAACUGCCCAAGAAUUUCGGAAAGUCUGCAAGCUCUCGAUUGAACGUUUUUGACAAUUACGGUUCACCUAAUGCUAGCGUUGCAUCGACAAGCAACGCGAUGGAUCCUACCAGCAGCUUUCUCAAUCGCGAUGACGAGGACGAGAACGACGACGAUGAUGCAGCAGAGCAGCGAGUGAACGCAUUACGCUUCAUAACCCAGCGUCGCGGGCUUUCAGGAAGAAUGGCAUCGAAUAACAGCUCUAGCAGCAGUCGUAGAAAUAUUGGGCUAAUACAGGACGACGACGACGACGACGACGAUGAUGACGACGACGAUGAGACCCUCAUGCUUAACAUGCAGCGUCAACUAAGACAUCAGCAAACGCCUCGAAAGCGAUCCGAGCAACCCGAGAGACUGCAGUUUGACAUGAACGAGCUGCUUAAGCUUACGCCUUUGAAACCACUGCUGAACAUGAAUUUGAGAACAAAUAAUGGACCUGUAAUACAGGUAGACAUUGAGCCCGAACCCACAGCAACCAUACAGCUAACUCAAAAAAUUCAGAGGCCAGCGGAUAGUACAGAAACAUUCUGUGGAAUGUCGACUAUAAAGAUUAAUCAUCAGAAUGGUUUGCCUGAUUUAGCCGCGGUGUCGGCAGUGAGAGGUCAUGAUCCAAACAGACGUCUCAGCGAGAUGUCGACCACUAGGCUUAGCAAUAGGAUAGAUUUGCCGAGAAUUACGGAUUUUAUGAACAUUACCGAGGAAAAUCAUCAAGAGACUCAGAUGAUACCCACGCCAGAGAACAACAAACAGCAGGAGGUUCAGAAGAGGAAGCGAAUGGUGUCGAAACCAGCCGAGGAAAUAGCGAUGCAGUCGGAAAGUGAAAUUGAGGAGGAGGUAUCGGUACAGCGAAAAAAGAAGCCCAGGCAGCCGAAGAAAAAGUCGAAUAAAGACAAAGAUCCAAGUUCUGCCAAGGUAGUGCUUCAGAAACUGAACGAGUCUUCGCCGCAGACUAACGACCGGAAAAAUCCAGAGGAGUCCAUCUCUUCCGCAAGAAGUUCAAUGUUAUCACGAGCCGAUCAAUCGAGUGAUUCGGAAAGCAGCACUGCUAGCUAUAACAGUCGUCAGAUUCCAUCAAGGCCGAGAAGACAGAAGGCGCCAAAGAACUUGAAAGAGCAAGGUUUAAGAAAAAAAUUGAGAAGAGAGCAAAACUAAACUAGAAAUGAACAACUCCGGAAGUUGUUGUCAUGAUUGCAUUCUAAGAAGUUUUCAUUAUAUAUCUUAUCAUUGCAAGUAUGUAAAUAGUGUUGCGAUUAGACUUCAUUACGAUGUCCACUAACGUGAGUAUCGAACUUCGUUAUACAGAAAGUUUUCACCGCACGAAAGUUAUUGUCCCCUCACAAGAUACCCAUACUGUUCAAUUUGAUGAGUUUGUUAUGGUUGUGAAAUUUCAAUAUUUAAAAAGUGUCUUAGAUCUGUUGUAUCGAUAGUUCAAGUAAGCUUGUUAUGUAAAUUGUAAGUGAGUUAUAGACGUGUUCAGGAUCGCGCGAUUUUUUAUUUUUAAAUUGAACCUUGGAGUUUAAUUUUCUUUUGGACUAAGCAUUAAUCAAAUAAUUCGGUACAACUCAAAAGUACUUGCACGAAUCUUCGCGCAUUUAUCAUUAGGACUUGAUUUUUGUACGAACAAUGUACGUAUUGUUUGACAGCAUCCUGGACAUGUUUACCUAUUUCAAUCUUAUACAAGAGAUAAUCGAUUUUGUAAAGAAAUCUAGGUAGGUUGCUUCCGACUGCUAUUUUGAUCAUAUUCAACAAUAUGUAAUCAAAUAGUUGGAUUAUAAAUGUUUUUAUAAUGUAAAAUAUUGAUUGAUUUAAACUUUCUUUUAAAGUAUCAUUUGGCGAAGCAAUGUGUUUUCUAAUUUCAGUUGUAGUUAAGUGAAAAAAUACUCACAAAAAAAUUCGUAUUAUUAUGAUUGUAUUAAUUUAUACACGUGUUAUUUUAUCGGAUCACAAGGGCUUAAUUUAAGCUUGAAUAAUUGAGAGAUACUUUGUAAGUGAACUAUUGAUUUUUUUAUUUACACUUUACUUCGUACAGAUUCCACUUAAUUGAUGUAAAAAAUAGAGAGGAAAAAAUCGAAAA